GUGAUCGUUUUUGGAAAUUCGUCUGAAGCCAAGUUUGAUGAUUUUUAUAGAGAAGAGGACAUAAAAAAAGAAGAAAUACAAGACAAUAUAAACGAUGCUAUUGUUCCUAAUGAGUCAAAUGAACAAGAUAAAGCACAAAAUGAAGAUGUGGAUCUUGAAAGCAAAGUGCAGAAGGCUACGAAAGAAAAUAAGGUGUUUAUGAAAUAUGACUAUACUCAUGAAAAGCCAUGGUCCAAUCAUGGUGAUAAAAGCAUGUGGUUUAAUUAUAAUUUCGAUGAACAUACUUUUAAAGAAUGGGUACAAAAACAUAUUGAUAGAAAACUAGAAAAGCAACAAAAUUAUCAAAUUGAAAAUACAGACAAUUACUUUUUUGAAGAUACUUUUAAAGACAAUACGAUGAACACGUCAUCUGUAAAUAACCAUUCCAUGCAAGGUAUUAAAAGUUUCCCAUCCAAAAAUAUGAAUCCUUUUAAUACUACCAAAUUAAUAGAACCUAAUGGUUCCCCUAACGAUACGAGUAACAAAAUGGACAAAAUUAAAAAUAAUAAUAAUAAUAAAAAUAAUAAAAAUAAUAGUAAUACUAAUAAUCGAAGUGAUAAUAACCAGACCACCACAAAUACAAAUAACGACCUUAAACAAUUUCAAAAUUUAAUAAAUUUUCUUAAACAAAAUAAUUGA